CAAAGUGAAUUCAUUCCUAAUCACCAUUCAUUGCCAAAACCAAAGAUGUCAGCUCAAACCGUCCCCCAACCUCUGGUAAUCGACCCAUUCAAACUCCUCCACCUCACCCUCAAUCCCGACGGCACCCUCUCGCGCAACCCCGCCGUGUACCUGACUGUUGAAGCCACUCCAGAUCCCAACCACCCCACCCCAGUCCUCUCCAAAGACAUUCCUAUCAAUCCCUCAAAAAGCACUCGGGCUCGCAUCUACCUACCCCGCCAAGCGCUUGAUUUUUUGUCCCCGCCGGCCACCAAGUUACCCCUCAUAGUCUAUUACCAUGGCGGAGGGUUCAUACUCUCGAGUGUCGACUCGAUCUAUUGUCAUGAUUUUUGCGUCAACAUCGCCGCGGAAAUUCCUGCUGUCAUCGUAUCUACCGGCUACCGGCUGGCUCCCGAACAUCGUCUGCCGGCGGCUUAUGAUGAUGCUGUGGAAGCGCUGUACUCGAUCAAAUCCAGCUCAGAAGAUUGGCUGGUAAAAUACGCCGAUUUUUCAAACUGUUUCCUGAUGGGUACCAGUGCUGGCGGUAACAUCGCCUAUCACGCGGGAUUGCGAGCGGCGACGGUGGUUGAUGAGCUGUUGCCGUUACGAAUCAGAGGGCUGAUACUGCAUCAGCCUUUCUUUAGUGGGGUCCAGAGAAGCGGGUCGGAAUUGAGGAAUAUGAAUGUUCCGGUUUUCCCACUAGCCGUGGCAGACAUGAUGUGGGACCUGUCCCUGCCGGCCGGGGCAGACCGGGAUCACGAGUUUUGCAAUCCGAUGGUGGAGGGUGGGUCAAAGCUUUUGGUAAAGGUUAAAUCAGAAGGAUGGAGGGUCGUUAUAAUUGGGUGUGAGGGGGACCUCCUCGUUGAUCGUCAGAAGGAGCUGGUGAAAUUAAUGGAGGAGAAGGGCGUGGAAGUGGUGGGACAUUUCACCGUCGGCGGUUAUCACGGGGUGGAAUUGUUGGAUGUUUCAAGGGCCAAGGCCAUGUACGUCAUCAUAAAAGAUUUCCUCUCAUCUCCGAAGCUGGCCACUUUGGCGUAAUGCCGAAUUAAUUAAUGGACGAUGCAGUUUCGUUGUCAACGAAACUACUGUUGUCUAGAAAAUAAUCAUUUUCAAUGUAACGUCGAAAAUAAUUAAUCAUGUUGCUUUUUUUUUUUUUAAUGGACCACCAGAAGUUUAUUGGGCCAAGGAUUAAUCUGA